AUGGAGCCGCACAUGGAGCGGGCGCUGCGGGAGGGGGUGACGGAGGCGGAGCGGGCGGCGCUGGAGGGCACGGUGCGCGCGCACCACACCUUCCCGGGCCGCGCGCCGGGGGCCACCUGCACGUCGCUGGUGGCGCGGCGCGUGGCGGCGCCGGUGCGCGCCGUCUGGCCCAUCGUGCGCAGCUUCGGCAACCCGCAGCGGUACAAGCACUUCGUGCGCACCUGCGCGCUCGCCGCGGGCGACGGCGCCAGCGUCGGCAGCGUGCGCGAGGUCACCGUCGUGUCCGGCCUCCCGGCCUCCACCAGCACGGAGCGGCUCGAGAUCCUCGACGACGACCGCCACAUCCUCAGCUUCAGCGUCCUCGGCGGGGAGCACCGCCUCCGCAACUACCGCUCCGUCACCUCCGUCACCGAGUUCCAGCCCGGCCCAUACUGCGUCGUCCUCGAGUCCUACGUCGUCGACGUGCCCGAGGGGAACACCGAGGACGACACCAGGAUGUUCACCGACACCGUCGUCAAGCUCAACCUCCAGAAGCUCGCAUCCGUCGCCGAGGAGUCCGGCGCGGCGGCGCCGGCGACUGGCGGAUCGCGGCGGCGGAGCUAAGAAACGAGGGGAACUCCCCUGCAACUUCUCGUGGUGUGGUGGCGGCGGCCGGACGGCGCCGCGGUUGUUAGCUGUUACUCUGUUCUGCUCUGUUCUUUCCCCACCCUUUCCCUUUUUUCUCCCUUUUCUGUUUGUCAUUUUCUCUCUUCCUUUUUUCCGUUGGUGUAGAAAAGCCUUCGUUGGUGUGGCCUGCUUUUGUUGUCUAUCAUUUUGGUCUUUUCUCUGCCUGCCUGCCGUUUGUGUAAUCCUCACUUUCUGCCUUUCUGAUGACUUGCUGGCUGGUGACAGCGAUGAUGAACAGCGGAAAACUAGUCAAGUUGUUGUUGCUUUCCACGAUGAUAAUAUGGUUAUGCUUUUAUAUAAAUGGAGAUAUUUCUUCUUACUUUU